UGGAAAUAGGGCAGCGUCUGACUACACAUGAGAGCCGCCUCGAUGCAUGUAUCUGCUUUCUCUUUUCAGAGAUGAAACAAGAGCGUGGCGACGCACGGCUUUGCGCUUAACUUCGACCCGACAUGACAUUUCCUAUUGCGCUGUGCGUUGAUGCGCUGCCACCGGUGGUCUUGCUCAACUUUGGCAACUAUGUGGAUUCGUUGUGAGAGCUGGGAAGGAAUGCGGGGAUUUAGUGGCUUUUGCACGGAUCCGUGAGUUGCAGUGUCGUGACUUCGAGAGGCUCCUACCUGUGGUAUCCGUUUACUACGCUUGCAACCGAAGCCUAACAUGCUGCACCGCGGGGAGGUGCGUCCUGGUCUCUAACAAGCUGACGACCUCUGCUGAACUGGACUGAACCUGCACACCGUACCUGUGCAGACCGUCCAUGGGUAACCACCAUGCGUAACGCUGGCUCUCCGCGGAGCAUCGGUGAAGAGGCCGGCCAACAACUCCCCCAAUCCCGCAUUUUAAUACAACGACUGACUCUUAAAACACUGACACCAUGAGCCAAGACCUGGACGGGAUAUCCUUAUCGGUGCCUGCCUUCGGUGCUUGCCCCGCGAGGGAGAGCACCUCCAGCGGCGGCGGCGGUGCGGAUGUGUCCGGUAUCCCCGCCGCCGGGACCUUCUGGCACGAUUCGAUGGUCCCCGCAGAUAAUCUGAGCCCCAGCGCCGGAAGCCCGCUGGACGGUGGAGGGCUGCUGUCCACCGGGAAGUCGUGCAAAAGCAGAGCGGUCACCGUGGCCUAUGUGCUGAACGGCGAGGCGAGCCAGCAGAAUAACAACGCGGAGAGCAUGGCCCUGCAGUGUCUGAAGGACGCCUGCGACACGGUGGGCAGCAAACUGCAGACUGUGCACUUCGGUAAACUGGACUUCGGAGAGACUCAGGUGCUUGACCGGUUUUACAAUGCUGACAUAGCUGUGGUGGAGAUGACGGAUGCUUUCCGCCAGCCCUCGCUCUUCUACCACCUGGGAGUGAGAGAGAGCUUCAGCAUGGCCAACAACAUCAUCCUGUACUGCGACACCAACACCGACUCCCUCCAGUCCCUGCAGGAGAUAAUUUGCCAGAAGAACACUACAUGCUCGGCCAACUACACCUUCAUCCCGUACAUGGUGACGCCCCACAACAAGGUGUACUGCUGUGAGAGCAGCCUGAUGAAGGGGCUGACGGAGCUGAUGCAGCCCAGCUUCGAGAUGCUGCUGGGGCCCAUCUGCAUGCCGCUGCUGGACCGCUUCAUCCAGCUGCUCAAGGUGCCGCAGGCCAACUCGCACCAGUACUUCCGUGAGACUAUUUUGAAUGAGAUCCGCAAAGCUCGGGAGCUGUACACGGGCAUGGAGCUGGCUGCCGAGCUGGGCCGCAUCCAACAGCGGCUGGACAGCGUGGAGUGCCUUUCAGCCGACAUAGUUAUCAACCUGCUACUGACAUACAGGGACAUCCAGGAUUAUGAGUCCAUUGUGAAGCUGGUGGAGACUCUGGAGAAGCUUCCUACCUUUGACCCUAUGGCCCAUCCCCAUGUGAAGUUCCAUUAUGCCUUUGCACUGAAUCGGAGGAACCUGCCAGGCGACAGACAGAAGGCCCUGGACAUCAUGCUGCCCCUGGUGGAGGGUGAGGAGCAAGUAGCCUCUGACAUCUACUGCCUGGUGGGACGAAUCUAUAAAGACACAUUCCUGGAGUCGCACUUCACCAACACAGAGAGCAGAGACAGCGGCAUACACUGGUUUAAAAAGGGGUUUGAGUCAGAACCGACACUACAUUCUGGUAUCAACUAUGCUGUUCUACUCUUGGCAGCAGGACAUCAAUUUGACGCCUCUUUCGAGCUUCGCAAAGUGGGAGUGAAGCUGAGCAGCCUGCUGGGGAAGAAGGGCAGCCUGGACAAGCUGCAGAGCUACUGGGACGUGGGUUUCUUCUUGGGUGCCAGCAUCCUGGCCUGUGACAACACCAGGGUCAUCCAGGCCUCCGAGAAACUCUUCAAACUCAAAGCCCCCAUCUGGUAUCUACGCUCGCUGGUGGAAACCAUCCUGAUCUACCAACACUUCAAGAAGCCUGGCAUGGAGCAGCCGGCGCCCAGGCAGGAGCUGGUGGACUUCUGGAUGGACUUCCUGGUUGAAGCCACCAAGAAAGAUGUUUCCUCUGUCCGAUUCCCUGUGCUGAUACUGGAGCCCACUAAAGUGUACCAACCUUCGUAUUUGUCCAUAAACAAAGAUGUGGAUGACAACACAGUGUCCAUCUGGCAUGUGGCGCCUGAUGACAAGAACAAGGGGAUCCACGAGUGGAACUUCAGUGCCACGUCAGUACGCGGCGUCAGCAUCUCCAAGUUUGACGAGCGCAGCGCGUUCCUCUACGUGCUUCACAACGCGGAGGACUUCCAGAUCUACUUCUGUACCGAGAUGCACUGUAAAAAAUUCUGUGAUCUGGUCAACAGCAUAACAGAGGAAACCUGGAAAGGCCCGGAGGAGGGAGACUGCGACACUGACGCUUUAGAGUAUGACUACGAGUAUGAUGAGCAUGGAGAGAGGGUGGUUCUGGGAAAAGGCACAUUUGGAGUGGUGUAUGCAGGCCGGGACCUCAGCAACCAGGUCCGUCUGGCCAUCAAAGAGAUACCAGAGAGAGACAGCCGGUAUUCCCAGCCCCUCCAUGAGGAGAUCGCCCUCCACAAGCACCUGAAGCACAAGAACAUCGUCCAGUACCUGGGCUCCAUCAGCGAGAACGGCUUCAUCAAGAUCUUCAUGGAGCAGGUGCCUGGAGGGAGUCUGUCUGCGCUGCUCAGGUCCAAGUGGGGUCCUCUGAAGAACAACGAGCCCACCAUCGGCUUCUACACACGGCAAAUAUUGGAAGGACUGAAAUACCUGCAUGACAACCAGAUCGCACACAGAGACAUCAAGGGCGACAAUGUUCUCAUCAACACCUACAGCGGCGUCCUGAAGAUAUCCGAUUUCGGCACAUCCAAGAGGUUGGCGGGGAUCAACCCGUGCACUGAGACGUUCACUGGCACACUACAGUACAUGGCCCCUGAAAUCAUAGAUAAGGGACCUCGGGGCUACGGCAAGCCAGCAGAUAUCUGGUCUCUGGGCUGCACCAUCAUCGAGAUGGCGACUGGGAAACCACCGUUCUAUGAGCUGGGCGAACCACAAGCUGCCAUGUUCAAGGUGGGCAUGUUUAAGAUCCACCCAGAGAUCCCAGAGUCCAUGUCGCUGGAGGCCAAGGCCUUCAUCCUGCGCUGCUUUGAGCCCGACCCGGACCGGCGCGCCACCGCCUUCGAUCUGCUCACCGACGAGUUCCUCACCGUCACCAGCCGCAAGAAGAAGAGCAAGAGCAGCUUCACGGCUCUGACACCUGGGUCAGAGUAUCUGCGCAGCAUCUCCUUGCCGGUGCCGGUGGUGGUGGAGGACACCAGCAGCAGCAGUGAGUACGGCUCCGUCUCGCCCGACAACGACCUCAACACCAAUCCCUUCAUCUUCAAGCCCAGCACCAAGUGCUACAGCGAGAGAGACGUCAAGGGACCCCGGUCACUUUUCCUCAGCAUUCCAGUGGAGAACUUUGAGGACCACAGCGCCCCUCCAUCUCCUGAUGAGAAGGACUCGGGCUUCUUUAUGCUGAGGAAGGACAGCGAGAGGCGAGCCACCCUGCACCACAUCCUGACAGAGGACCGGGACAAGGUGGUGGCCAACCUGAUGGAGGCUCUCACACAGGGCUCCGAGGAGACAAGGCUGAAGCACCAACACAUCUCCACCCUCGUCGUCAGCCUGGCUGACUUUGUUCGCAUGGCAGACAGGAAGAUCAUCGCCAACACGCUGUCUCAGCUCAAGCUGGAGCUCGACUUUGACAGCACUGCUAUCAGCCAGCUGCAAGUUGUGCUGUUUGGCUUCCAGGAUGCUGUAAACAAAGUGCUGCGAAACCACAACAUCAAGCCCCACUGGAUGUUCGCACUGGACAACAUCAUCCGUAAAGCUGUGCAGACGGCCAUCACCAUCCUGGUGCCAGAGCUGAGGCCUCACUUCAGCCUGGCCUCGGAGAGCGACCCGGCCGAGCAGGAGGAUGUUGACGAUGAUGCCGAACCGGAGGGAAACUCCACCCACCAGAGCCGGGCGCCUCCUGUCACCGUUCACGAUGACACCGUGGCCACCUCGGGCGUGAGCACACUCAGUUCCACCGUCUCGCACGAGUCCCACAAUGCGCAGCGGUCGGUCAGCAUGGAGCUCGGCAGGAUGAAGCUGGAGACCAACAGGCUGCUGGAGCAGCUGCUGGAGAAGGAGAGGGAGUACCAGGCCAUCCUGCAACAGGUCCUGGAGGAGAGGGAGCAGGAGAUCCGACUGCUGAGGCUGCGCUCGGAGCCCUUAGACAACCCUGCAUCAUCCGUUGGCCCGGUGGGACAGUGGAGUCCGCCUGCCGAGAGACAUGAGGACCCGGAGCUGACCAGAUGGCUGAGGCGUCAUGGUGCUGACCAGGACUCCAUCGACAGAAUACUGAUGGAGGAAUACACGUUGGACAACAUCCUCCGUGACAUAACCAGAGAUGAUCUGAAGAGUCUAAGAUUGAGAGGUGGAACCCUGUGCAAGUUAUGGAAAGCCAUCACAGACUACAGGCAGAAACCAGGCUGAGGCCUUAAGUGGCACCAACCACUCAGAGAAGCCUGGACCUUUGUCCCAACAACUCAGUAUUCUCCUUUUUACCUCAGUAUUUAUACGACCAAGACUUUAGGCGGAAGGACGUGUGCAGAGCAGCUUUCCACCAACUCGAGAAGAGCUGUCCAGCUCCACGCCCAAUCUUGUCAGAGAAUAUUAAUCGUUUUAAAAGGACUCUUUUGAAAUAUGUUUGAAAGCAAAAAUAUAUGAGAAGUGCCACUAAAUUUAUUAUGCCUAAUGCACAUGAAGCAGCUUUUUCCUACUGGUGCAUUAAAAUGAAAAUUUGUUCAACAUUAAAACCUACCGCUAAAAUACCUGAGAAUUCACGUCAUGAUUUUGAUGGUAACAGUUGCAGAAUUUCCUCAUCAUUACAAGGUCAUUGUUAUGUUUACAAAACUAGAGACUGACCGUUUUCUAUUACAAGCCUGAGAGACAAAAUACUACGUCCAGUGGACUUUUUGAAAAUGUUGUUCCCUAUUAACAGAACUGUCAUAGGCAUCGUAUCAUCACUACUAUAUGUAAAAGAAUUUUACUUUCAUUUUUAUUGUAAUCUGAAGGAUGUCAUUGCAUGCUGUUUUGUUGUUUUUUUCUGUACUGAAACUUAUUUAAUGUUACAAUUUUUCCCCCCAUAUUUCCUUUUUUUAAUACCAUGAACCUUUUUUGUUUUUUUGUUUUUUAGUAAUAUGUAAAUAAUGUCUUAAAAAUGAUCUGUGAAUGAUUGUUUUCAGUGAUGUACUUUAAAAUUAUGUUGUUAAACAUAGCUGAAUCGUCUCCAUGUGGACUGACCCGAUGUUAGCUGGAGAUGAUAGACUAUAAAGUACACAUUUGAAACAUGAAUUGUAUUGUAUUGUAUUCUCUAGUGUCACAACUCAUUGGGGAUAAAGUGAACAGUUGCUAAUUAACAUUACAACAGAUCAUUCGCUGAAUUCUUUUGUUGUACAUUGACAGAACUGUAUUUUAUCUUGCUUUUGUACAUAUGAUCAUUACAAUGCAAUUUAUUUAAUCAGAUGUGUGUUUGGAUGAAAAUCUUAACUGAAAACAAAUUUCACAUGAAAUCAUCUUGACUUUUUUUUCUAAUUUAAAACAUUGAUGUCAAAAUGGGGAAAAAUAAUCAAAAACAGUGUAUAUGUCCAUUUUGUUUGAUAUGUAGUUGAUUGAAGGUAUUUGUGGCCUACUGUCAAAUAAAACUUUUCAUCUUUGAACUGUGAAA